CCAACACCCAGUGGGGAAACAGUCUGCCUUGCUGAAUUUCCACUAAAUGUCAUGCUAAACAUUAUAAAAGGGGUGACCCGAACAUUUUCCAGAGCAUUCAACCUAAUAAUUGCUCUCUCACUUGCAUCUAGCUGACACUCGCACAACAGAGGCACCACAAAGGCCUUUGCUGAGGAGAAGGAUUGAGUUUAAGCACAGACAUAGAGUGAAGGUCUCCAGGAAAAGCGCGACAGACAAAGAAAGGUGUGGGAGGAAUGCUUCAAAAUGGUGCUGGAACACACAAAGGUGGAGAUAAAUGGAGUAGUCGCCAAAAUCAGUACCAAGAGCAAGACCGUUCUACCUUUUCCAGCAUGCAGAUGAAGGCCAGAGGAAGCAGUUCAUCUCUGAUCUCAUGCAAACCCAUGGCUACAAAGGCAUCUGUUGCCUCGGACAGUGAUUUCAGAGGCUCUGGUUCAUCUCACAUUCAAACGUCCACUCUACAACAGCAGCCUGCCAGAGAAAUCACAAGCAAACAUCUCAGACAGCACAGACCAUCAGUACUACGCAAAGGCAACCAGCCGUUCCCACAAGCUUGUGGUGUUCAUGACUGGGUUGUGGACACUGUGUGUAAGACAGAACCUGACAGUGACCUGUCAGACCCCGUGCCACUUUACACCAACCAAUCUGAAAGUCCUCCGCCUGACAGCACAGAGCAUACUGGGAAGCAUGCAUACAGUCUUCCAGGUGACUUUCUGUGUGUUAAAGGACAAUGUGGAUGGCCUGGGUGCUCAAAGAGCAGAGAAGUGUUCAAAGAAUAUGGACAUUUCUUAAAACACCUUUCUACUGACCAUGCUCCUGGGGACAGAAGUAUAGCCCAGUUUAGGAUGCAGAAAGACAAAGUACAAUACAUGGAGAAUCAGUUGAUUGCCGAGAGACAGAAACUACAGGCUAUGCAGCUACACCUAUUUGACGUCAAAUCUACCUCUGAGGAUGGUAACAGUGUGGAGAAGUCAGGACAUCUGUCAGAACUCCUGCAACCUGCAGCAUGUCAGAGCGCAAAUGGUGUCUAUGACAGUGACAGAGCGGCAGCUGAAGCACUAACACAAGGAUACUGGCAGAUCUCUACCUCACAAGUUAUACCAGGGAUUAUCCCCAGUUUUGAGUAUUAUAAGUUCACAAACAUGAGGCCACCUUUCACCUACGCCUCCAUGAUACGAUGGGCGAUACUGGAGUCUCCAGAGAAGCAGCUUACUCUGAAUGAAAUCUAUCACUGGUUUACCCGCAUGUUUUUCUACUUUCGUCACAAUACUGCCACAUGGAAGAAUGCUGUUCGGCAUAACCUCAGUCUUCAUAAGUGCUUUGUGCGCGUUGAAGGAAGAAAAGGUUCUGUUUGGACCGUGGAUGAAGAGGAGUUUCUGAGAAGAAAAGGACAGAAGUUUCACAGGGAUCAGGAUAUGGGCUGGAUGGCACCUUUUCACGUGUUUCCUGUGACUCCACAAGGUGAAACUUAUCAGAUGCGAGGCCCAAAUGGACUCUCAUGAAGAGAUACAAUCAACCAGUAACAAUAUCAACGACUUUAGUAAGAAUGAUAAAUAUUAUAAUAGUUUAAAAUGGUGGUUUUAAACAUAUAGCUGGCAGUCUGUUUCAGACAGUUUUUAUUUUUAUUUUUUGGAAAAAAUAAUUUUGUAAGGAAUUAUGAAGUUUGCAUAAUCCAAAGAUAAAGUUAAGUAGUGGGUGUUCAGCAAACUUUUCACUAUCCUUCUUGCUUUUAAAUGUACUGAUUAAAAAGUACAAGACGCAUUUUUUAUAAAGAUUAAAAUUGUACAACAAUAAUGAUACUAAGGGCAUCUGUAUGUAAAUACAUUUAGUAUGGUACUUAAUUUAAUAUUGCUAAUUGUUCUUAAACAAUAACUGUACAUUUUCUCUCCUUGAAUUAAUGUCUUAAAAUAUGUUAUUCAAAUAAAGGUCCAAACUGAAACGGAA